AUGAAAUUCUCUAAAGUGUAUACAGUUAUUGCCGUUAUCUUUGCCGUUAAAUUAAUAAACCCAACCCUUUGUGAUCAGGUAAGUACCAAUACGGGUCCCGUCAAUAACAAGGCAAAUAGUGGAACUACGAGUACUCCAGCAACACCUUCAAAGUCUGAUUCACCAAAUUCACCUUCAGUAAAUUCCCCAUCGACUAAUUCCGCAUCGACAAAUUCAGUGCCUUCAACUACAGCUUCAUUAAGUUCACUUUCAGCAUCACCACCAACAGCUGAUGAAAGUGAUAAAGUAAUUGAUAAAAUUAAUGAAGAACUUGAAAAGAAAAAGAAGAAAAAGAAAGUAUGUAUAUUGUCAGCAGCAGCCACGGCAAUGGCUCUUCUAUUAGGAAGUGCAUUAGGUUUCGGAAUUUAUAAGCACAAGAAAGGAUCCAAACAAAAGGUGUGA